CUGGAUGUGAGUGGAACAGAGGCAGGAGUAGGGAUUAUUGCAGGCUUAGAGCUUAGAGUGGUCUGUAAUCAUCCAUUCUCCUCUGUGCCUCACAGCAAUGCAGUGAGAGAAAAAGGUAGAUGGAUAUUCUGUGGCUGGCAGGCAGAGGAUCUUUAGGAUCUUUGUGUGCCAGGAAAAGGCAUUUUGGACUUCUUUUAAGUGGAUGAAUCUGGCAUCUGUCAAUCAAAGGCAUCAUGAAGGAUUCCUGUCGUGUGUGCAAUGGUCGUCUGAUUGGCAAUCAGUGUCGCUGGAUCUUCAGUUCGUCAGGAAAGCGGAAGAUACAAAUUAUCUUGUCCCACGUUCUGGGCAGGGAGGUGACUCGUGAUGGCCACGGAGAGUUCCUCUGUGGGAAAUGUGUGUUCCAGCUGGAAAAGGUGGUCCAGUGUGACGUUAACCUCAGCCAGCUGCAGAAAAAGCACAACAGCCAAGUCCAGAAACUGCAAGCGGAGAAAGAACACCUGAUGCAGUGCAUCGUCCACGUCUACAACAAAAACAACGCUGGUCAAGAAAGGAGCGACGAGGAGAGGGCCCAGCGCUCCAAGUCUAACCUCAGAUCAUCUGGGGCAACCAGUUUUGACGACGAGGACACAUGUCUGCUGGCUUCUGAUGCACAAUCAUCGAGGCAGAGUGAAGGUGGGGCCCGCAUGAGGAGAUGUGUGAGUCUGGAUAGACUUGUCAGCAAAGGAGUGUUCCCGGGGCGUUCAGGUCUCAGGAAAUGGAGGAUGGGAUCGGCUGUAGGGCUUGAUAGUUCUAUGAAAAGCUUUGGUUUACAAGGUUCUCGUUGCAGCUCUAAGAGCAUGUACCUGGACCUGGUGCAGUAUAAGGGGACAAUUCCAAGACCUGAAUUCAAAGAUCGCUCCACAUCCAUGCUGUCCCUCAAUAGGGACUUUGCUUUGGACAUUCCAGACAUUCCAGGUAAAAAUAAACUCAGAGUAGCCAAGACUUUAGUUGCCAGCAAAGCUGCCUCUGAUGAUGAUGAUGAUGAUAAGGCUCAGGCUAUGUUCCUGCUUGGCCGCUCCUCACGGCAGCCUUCAGUGAUCUCUGACCUGACCCAGCUCCUGCGCUGCAUCACCAAGCACAGAGUGUCUGUCCCACCUGGGAGCCGCAUUCCUGUCUCGAAGAGGCUUAGUGUUGGCCAUAUCAGCGUUGGUAGAAAGCGUGUACGCAAGGAGGCGGAGUGGAAGUCGCUGCAUGACCUAACAGAGGAAUUUGAUGAUAAAUACACGCCUGUCACCGUGGAGGUUCACCAGAAAAAAAGCGAGGUCAGUCGUCUGGAGUCCGUCAACAAGCUACUGAGUGAAGAACUCACCCAGGUUAAAAGUACCCAUGAAAGCCUGACCAAAGCACUCAAGGAAGCCCAGAAUCAAACAAAUACAUUGUCUGGAAAUUUGGAGGAGAAAGAGAAUGAACUUGACACAGAGAAGAAGAACAGCCUAAAGCGAGACAAAACUGUCCUGGGGCUAACAAAAGUCCUCAAAGAAAAAGAAAAAGAGAUUGCAGAGUUGUGUCAUGAGAUUGAGGACCGUGAUGAUGCUUUAGCCAAAGCUCGGGAGACAGCACACAAAGCCCAGAUGCAGAAAUAUCAGGGUGCAGAAGAGCAUCAAACACUACUGAUGGAAAAGCAAACCGAGUUGGUCCAACUGCAGGGGGAGCACCACAUCAAGGUGCUUGAAGGCCAAAAGCUUAUGCGUUCCCUGGACAGGAAGGAGCAGGAAUUGGCUGACUUGCAGCAGAUAAAGGAUCAGCUAGAGGUGGAACUAGAAGAUAUGCAACAUCAGAAGAAGAAGGGAGACAAAGUCCUGAAUGAUCUCAACAAUCAACUAAAAAAACUGAGUAGUGAGAUUGGGGAGAGGGAAAGUUCUCUAGAGCAGCAGUACCAGGAGCUGUUGGACCAAACCAAAAGAAAGCUGCAGGCCCAUGAAGUCACCAUCCAGAGGCUCACAUCCAGCCUGGCUGAUAAAGAGAAGCAGUUACAGGAGUACAUAAAUAUUGAAAGAGACUUUGAGCAGAACAAUAGCCCAGCAGGAAACGACAGUGUGCUAGCCAAGCUUCGCCAAAGGCUAAAGGAAAAGGAAAACGCACUUGAUCAAGCACUGGAUGAGAAGUUUGCGGCCAUUGAGGAGAAAGACAACGAAAUACACCAGCUGCAGCUGUCCAUCAGGGAGAAAGAAAGAGACCUGGAGAGGCUCAAUAACCUGCUGUCACACAAUGAGGAAACCAUUAAUAGUUUUGACAGCCUGAUUAAGGAGAAGGACGUAGAACUGCAGCACCUCACAAACACACUGAAGAACCUGCAGAGGGCCAAACAAGACGUGGAAGACAACUUGAACAGGUCGCUGAGGGAAAAGGACUCCAUCAUCAGCCAGCUGCAGCUCUCCCUCAGUGGAAAGACUAAAGAUUUGGAGGAAAUGGCAGAAUCCGUGCUGAGCCAGUCCCAAAGUCAAGCUCACGACUUUGCAGAGCAGAUGGGCCAGAGGCUCAAGGUCACAGAAGCUAUGCUGGCCGAGGCUGUGAAAGCCAGGGAAAGGCUCAUUUCAGACAAUGAGACCGCUGUAGAAGGAUUACUGGCAACCAUUAAAAGCAAAGACCAACUCCUCAAGGAGUCUGCAGAGCACUACAACCGCAUGCUGUCUGAGCGUUCCCAGGAGAUUCAGGAAUUGAGGAAACAGCUGUCUGACAAGCAGCAGAAGCUGAUGGCCGCUGAGAAACAAAGCGCCACGGCGGCCCAGAAGGGCUCUUUGGAAACUGCAGAGCUACAAGUCCUUCUUGCUGAAAAAGACAGCCUUAUCGACAGGCUUCUUCAGCGUGGCCAGGAGAGGGACCAUUUGAUGACAGAGCACGACAAGGCGCCGGAUAACGUGCUAGAGCUCAGACAAACUAUCCAGAUCAUGCAGGAGAAGUUAGAGGAGCGUGAAGCUGAGUUGUCCAGGAGGAACGGUGAUGACAGCAUGGAGAACAUUCCGCUCUCUAAGAAGACUGUUGUUAUCCUAAAAAAAGAGCUGGCCCAGAAAACAGAGGCACUCAACAAAGCGCUGAAGCGGGAGAAUGAACUGAAGAUUUCUUUGGCAGAACUCCAGUCAUUGCUCUCUGAGUUGGAGGUCCGCAGUGAAGGUCAGGCUGCCAACAUCGAGUCCCUCACUGCCACUAUGGAGACCAAAGAUGAAAUUAUCCUUGUUCUUCAGCAGCGUCUCGGUCAGAGUGAUCACAGCCAGGAUCGAGCCAUUAGCAGCAGCAGCAUGGAUCGAUCGCAUACUGGACUUCCUCAAAGGGAGAGAACUAUGAUUGGUGGCGACAGCCAGCAAGAAGUGCUUCCCAGCCUUGUAGCAUUACAACAGGAACAUGAAGCUCUAAACAAAGCUUUGAGGGCUGAGCAGCAGCUCUACUCCAGCCUGGUUAGGACUGUGAAAGAGCAGGACAGCGCCCAACGUUUUCAUGCUCUUCAAAUGGAGCUGACAGCGGUACAGCUUCUUAGGCAGAAGCAUGAGGACAGCAUCAAAACAAACGAAGAUCUCAGGGACAACCUGGAGCAAGAGCUAGACAGAGCCAAAGCCAGAGAAGGUCAGAGCGCAGUGGACCCUAAAGAACUAGAGAGUGUACGGCAUCAACUUGAAGAUGCCCAACGCUGGAAUAGCUCUUUACAAGCUCGCUUGGGGGCUAUCCAGGACCGAGGGGGUGGAGUGGGCGGUGCCAAAGACUGUGGUGACACACUGAGUUUCAUUGGCGACCAGACCUCUUACAUGAGUAUCUGUGUGGGGGAGGGGCAGGAUGACAGCUCACCACUGGAGCUCAAGCAGAAGGUGCUGGAACUGCAGGACUGCGUCAGCAGACUUGAAACUUUAAACAGUGAGCUAAAGAACAGACUGUCAGCACUGGAGAAGACAAAACAUAAUGAUGCCAUCAGCAAGGAGGCCAGCGGUAACCCCUGGAACCAGCAGCUUGAGAGGACCACAGACCCGCCGCAGGUAGCUUACGCAACGUAUCGGUCGUUUCAAAACAGUUGGAGUCAGACAGACCUCAAACAUGGGCAGCCACUUGGUGAUAAAAGUGUGGACAGCGGCCUUGGCCAGAGCAGAGCACAUGCUCACCCUGCCAAUGCAGACAUUAUUGAGACAAGCCGAGAUGAAGUGACCCUUAAAUCCUUGCUGACUGACUGUAAGGCUACAUCACUCCUGCACCUAAGAGAGGAAGUCCUCAGGCUAACAGCUGAAAAUGUGCAACUGAGAGGCCUGCUGAAAGAGCAGAAGUCCACUGAGUGUAAAGAAAAAGAGAGCAGAGAUGCCUCAGAGAACAGCAGCGACGGGCAAGCUGACUUAAGACAAAGCAGAGAAACUUCGCAACUUGCCAUUAAAGUUCAAGCAACGGUCACUAGGCUGGCAAAGGAAGAUGAAAAGAAUGCUAACGAUGGGGGGACACCGGUCACCACAGAGGAAGCUAAUGAUCAAAGCAAGACUUCAAAGCAUAAGGUCAGUAUCAGAUCUCGCCUGCCCGUCCUAGUGAAGCAAAGAAUGGAAGCUUGCAGCAACACACAGUCAGAAGGAGAUUCUGAUUGUGUCCAACUCCUUCACGCAGAAGCUUUCCAGCAACUGUUUUUAAACUCUGACUCCACCAUGUCGUCCCAACCAAGCACUUGUCCUUCUUCCUCCCACGGCCCUGCUUAUGAUAGUGGCUGUCCAGCCACACACACUCUGGAUAACACCCAGGACAGCUGUGCUCUUUUUACUCAACUGGAGCUUCUUCACCAGGAGUGCCAGGAGAAAGAGACCUUGAUCAGAAAGCUCAGCGAGCAGCUGGCCAAUUGGCAGGAGCUCCGCGCUCAGCUCCAGGAGAAGGAACGCCUCAAUGGGCAGUACAUGGAGGCUUUGCAAGCUGCUGAGUCCACAAUUGCAGACCUGACUGCCUGUAGUCUGGACAUCCAGGGUGAGUUUGGAACGCACACCAGUAUGGGCACAGCCUCCGGUUCUGGGGAUUCCGAUGCCACCUUCUGCGGCAGAUGCAUCGACUUACAGAAAGCACUACAAGAGAAAGAGAAUCUCAACAACCACCUUACACAACUUUUGAACAUGGCAGAGAAACUCAUCUCGUCGUCAGACAGCCAGGAAAAGCAGUCUGAAAUUAGAGAUCUUUGUUUGAGGAUAGAGGCAGUGAAUAUCGCGUCAAACACGCAAAGCUCCAGUGGUGUCUCUGAAGGAACAGACGGUUCUACGCACGAGCUGCAACCAAAUUCACUCUCUUUGCAGGACCAAGUGCUUUGUGACCAGGAUAGACUGAAUUCUGCAGAGAUAAAUAGUAUUUCAGCACAAAUGAUGUCUGGAUCGUUCAAAGAAAAAGAGUUGAGGGAUAUUGAAGUGGCACAAGGAUGUUUAGAUAAGGAGAUGACCAAAGUUCUUGCAAAAUGCCUUAGUUUAACAGAAUCUGUCAUCACUUAUCUGGCAGCACACUGUGCAAAUGGCUCCUUGACCACUGUUGACUUACAGGCGCAUUUGGACAACCUCCAGAAUGCUCUGCAAGAGAGACAAGAACUCGAGCGUCUGACCCAAACUGCUCAGCCAAGCAGCGUUGCAUUGACAGAACCCCACCCGGCGCUUUAUUGCAGUCUGCAGCUCCUGUUCAAGGUCUUUGCCGAGCGCUCUCAGAGGAUUUGUGAGCUACAAGCCUCCCUGCAGGUGGAGAGGGCCUGUGAGGAACAAAGUGAUGCCAAGGGGUUACUACCUAGUGUUCAGGCCCAGCUGGAGGCUCUACACAAGGCUCUAAGGGAGAAAAAAAAAACCUGUAAAAAUCUGGAGGAGAAACUGGCCUCAGCCACCAUGACACCGUCACCCAACACUACACAGAGAGCUCUGGAGAAGGAUGACAAAGGUGUGCAGGUGGAUUGUCAGGACCUGGGUUACGAAACCACAGGCAAGAGUGAGAACGAUAGGGAAGAGAGCAGUAGCACAGACCGAGAGGUGGCUGUGAACCCAAGUGGCAGUCUCCCGUUAUUGAGGGCACAUGAGCAGGCACACUUUUCUUCCACUGAAAAUCUGUACUCCACCUCCAGCACUCCAUACCCGAGUUCCCCCACUCUGAGCUCGGCCAAGGCCAGUAUGAAGAGCCCGUCGGCCUACGAGGACUGCGGCCUCUCUGAUGACCCGCUCCAGCUUCAAACGCAGGUCCGAGACCUGAAGAUCCAGCUGGAAAGCCAAAACAAAAUUAUCCUCCAGUUGCAAAGUCUUCUGCGGAGAAACUCAUGCGACCCAAUGGCCAGUCCCUCUGACCAGUCAAUGAAUCAGGACAGCUCACAGGGCCACAGUCAUAAUAGGAGACCUAGUCAAGAGCAGAUAGGGGAGAAAGAGGAUGUCGGAGAGGACCAGGCAAUUAAAAGUAAAAGCAGCCACAUGAACAGAGAGGAAGGGAGGAACAACAGCAUGAAGGAGCAGCUACAGCACAACCGGAGCCGCUCUACGUCACCUGCCAGUUUGGACUCGCUGGUGCAGUCGCAGGCCAGGGAGCUGUCGCAACUGAGACAGCAAAUCAAGGACAGCCGCAGGCAGGCUGCCCUGCAGCGGCGACAGAUGGGGGAGCUGAGCCGAGCCUUGCAGGAGAUGCUACAGGCCAGCGAAGUGGACUGUUAUAUGGGGGAGGUGGUCAAGGGGCAGCUGGACAAGAGCCUGAGUAUUCUGGAGGGGCUGGAAGGACGCCUGGACAAAGGAGAGGCUCAGCUGGAUAAUGAAGACAUGGCUGCUCUGGAGCUUUCUCGCAGGUUGACCAAGGAGCUUCAGGAGAAGAACCGCCUCAUUCAGAGCCUGCAGAAUCAGGUCAGAGGUCAUAGUCCCAGCAGCCACCACAACUCCCACUUUGACCUGCACCCCUUGGACAAAAUGGCAUCUUCCUGCCAUGGCAGCUCACCCACACAAGACCACCGGCCUGCCAGAGAUGCUUCUGGUACCCUGGCAGGGUGCGGAUCCAGGGAGGAGAGCUUAGGGGGUGACCAGGAAACAGGAAGCCGACUGCUGGGGCUGCGGAGGGAGAACGAACGCUUGCAGGAGGAGCUGAGGAGCAGCGGACAGCUCAAUGCCACCCUGCAUAGUGAACUAGAGCUGCACUACUCUAUCAUGACCCAUCAUCAGGAUAGAGACCAGGACCAUGAGGAUGUCCGCUCACAAACAAAACAGUCGGCCCUAAUCAAUUCAGUCCUGCUGUCAGAACAUCUGCAGGAGAUUCGGGCCUUGAGACAGCGUCUGGAGGAGAGCAUCUCCACCAACGACCGCCUGAGGGUGCAGUUGGAGAAGAAGCUCGCCGAGGUGGAGAAAGACCGAGCAGCCACAAACAUCUUCAUCCACGGGAGUGAAGAGCAGUGUCACCUGGUGAGCGAGGUACGCUUCCUUUGGGGUCAGAACCAAGUGCUGAAGGAGCAGCUCAGCUUGGAAUGUAAAGACAUGCAGAAGGAGAGCGAGAGGCUGCAGGAGAACCUGGCGAGGCGCACGGCCAAACUGGAGCAGAGCAGGAAGGAGAAUGAGGUCCUGAGACAGGAGAAGGAGCUGCUGCAGGAGUCACUGCACGCCAGUCAGGAGCAGAUAUGCAGCUUGCAGGACCAGGUGAAGCUCCAGAGGCAGCAGUUCAGCGACUCGCAGCACCUCAUGCAGUCACUGCGCGUGGAGCUGCAGGUCCACGAGAAGAUUAGGAGCGAUGCUACACAACAAUGCAGCAGCGUGACCCAGGAAGCUCCUCCCUCGGGCUCGUUGGAACUUGCGGAGCUGCUGUCUGAGGUCCGUCACCUGAGGCUUCAGCUGGAGCGGAGCAUCGACAACAACACGUUGCUGCGCCACAAACUGGAGGAGCAGCUUCAGCGAGGCGCCGCGCGCUCGGAAACCAUCAACAUCAACUACCUGAUGUCCUCAGCAGAUGAAGGGAGCAGAUCACCGGGUCAUAAGGAGCACAGUAGCGUCCUCCACGACGCCAAUCGCCAGGCUCCCUCAAAGAUGGACGGCGGCGACAGCAGCUCGGGCGAGAGCGUCACGGGCGCCCCCUUCCGCCUGGUGCCGGGUCACGGCAUGUGGGCCAACCACAAAGGGCGCCACAUCCUGGCGCUGGUGGAGGACUACAACGCCCUGCGUAAGCACAUCUCAGACGGCCGCAAGCUGUCACGCCACAUGGACGCCCAGCUGCAGGAGUGGCGGAGCAGCAAGACGGCAGACCGUCAGAGCGCCAGCGACUUGUCAGGGAGUUUGGGCGCCAUGCAGCACGUGCUGGAUGAGGCCGCCCGGCUGCUCAAGCUGGCGUGGAAGGUUUCUCUGCCAACCGGCGCCGCCGCCAACAACCAGCAGGACGAGCUGCUGCAGAACGAGAUCGCUCGACUGAAGAGUCGACUGUCGCAGCGGGAGAAGAUGCUGCGCAGCGUGGUCAAACGCCUGCAGAUCACCAACCAGCUGAAGGAAGGCAUGGAGCGAGUCCUCAUCGAACGUCUGUCGCUCACACACGGAGUGAUGAAAAAGGCUCGGGUCAAUCUCGAGAAAAGUCAUUGUUACCUCUUUGGCCCGAGAGGAGCAGCAGGAGGUGGUGGUGGUAAAUGGCCAGUAGGGGGUGCUGGAGUUUAUCCAAGAAGUUCCUUGGACUCCUCAGAUGAGCAGUGAAGAAACUUCCUGUUGCAGUUUUAAUGUUUGAUCUUCCUGCUGUCAAACUGUCACCUUACUCUUCAUUCAGAAUAUUUUUGUAUUUAAUUUGCACAAAACCUGCUUUUGAGUUUUAGGUACUGAUGUUUGUUCAAUGUCUUUCUUUGUACAGUUAGCGUUUUUUUUAAUAUGCAUAUACAAAAAACGACAUGUAUUUUUAUGACAAAUUGUAUUUUAUCCAGUCAGCUUGAAGAAUACAGUAAAAGUUGAAACGUGUCCAAGAA